AUGCCACGAACAAUAAUAUUCCACGUGGCACUGGCAUUGCUCAUAUUAGAGUUCACCAACGCCCAACAAUUAUGCACCGAUUUGGAGAAGGAGAUGAAUGCGGUGGCGGCGGAAAGAAACGCGACGAGCCCCUGCAAUUGCUAUUAUGACGGAGUGUUUAAUGGAGUUCGGGGAAUUUCGAUCGGAUGCGCUUCGGCUCCGGUUUCACAGAUUUUUGAGGCUCUUCAGACUUUGAACUACACCAAGGUUGCGUCGUUGACGAUUCGAGAUUCGUUGGUCAAUAUUUUGACAUCGAAUAUUUUCGAGAUGGUGAGUCAAAUAUCGCUGAACCUUUUUUCUGGGUAGAUCAAAAAUAUUUUUUUUUGAAUUUCAAAAGGUUUCAAAAAAUGCGGGAAAGUUUUUGGGCAGUCAAAAUUAAUAGAAAAUCGAACCCCAGGGUUUUUCGGGUUACUGUAGCUGAUCUAUGGAUUACUGUAGAUGGUCUUUGGGUCACUGUAGAUGUUACCAUGAGUACAGUAAUCUUUUGGGUUACUGUAGAUGGUCUAUGUAUUACUGUAGCUGAUCUAUGGAUUACUGUAGAUGGUCUUUGAGUUACUGUAGAGGAUUGUUGGUAAAAUGUUGAUAAUGUUUGGGUUACUGUAGCUGAUCAUGACCUUAGAUGGUCUUUGGGUUACUGUAGAUAAUUUUUCGGGUUACUGUAGAGGAUUUUUGGGUUACUGUAGGUGAUCUUUGAGGUACUGUAAAUGUUUCCUUAGGUACAGUAAUCUUUUGGGUUACUGUAGCGCUUACAGUAGUAUUCUGAGCUUCUGGUGAUAAUAAAUUUUUUUCAAAUUUUUCUACCUUUUUAAUAAAAGUAUUUUUGUUUGGGUAUUACAGUAUUUUUGUUUGGGUUACUGUAGAGAAGCCACGGGUUAGUGUAGUUACAGUAGUUUUCUGAGCUUUUGGUGAUCACAAAAUGUUUUAACUACAGUAGUUUAGGAUACUGUAGCUGGAACUAGUUACUGUACUCGUUUCGAGACCAAAAAUUGUUGAAUUCAAAAAGUUUCCCGGAUUAAUUUUUGAUUUUUCUCAAAUUUUACAAUUUAUCCAAAACCUGUCCCUUCAAACAAUACCGUAUAAAAAAUCUCAAAAUUUUUUUGUAAAAAAAUAUUCUUUCCAGGUCCAACCCCAAAAACUCUUCAUCGAACGUUGCUCAUUGAGCAUCAUCCGAAACAAUACAAUCGAUUCACUUGGAGCUUCUUUGGAGCAAUUAUCACUCCGCAAAAAUAAGUUGAAAAAAUUGGAGCCCACUAUUUUCAACGGUUUGAAAAAUGUGAAAUCAUUGGAUUUGUCAAUCAACAAACUUCAAGUGAUUCCUCAAAAUGUUUUCAAUGAUCUAACAAAUCUUGAAGAACUUGUGCUAAAUGAAAACGAGAUUUUCGACAUUGAAGAUGGUGCCUUCGAAAAAUUAAAAAACCUCAAGAGACUCACAAUCAACAAGAAUAAAUUGACCGAAAUUCGCGGGGACACUUUCAAAGGUCUUGAAAAUCUCGAAACCCUGCAAAUUCGUGAUAAUUUCAUCACAAAUAUCGAUUGGAGUGGUUUUUCCAAGCUUAAAAAACUGAAAACCUUAAACCUUGGAAAUAAUCAAUUAACAAGAAUUGAGAUUCGAGGCUUGGAAAAUCUUCAGAAGUUAUAUCUUAAUCACAAUCUCCUCGAGACCCUGAAAAAUGUCAAGAUUUUCGGGUUAACCAGUCUGAAUGUUUUGUCAUUUGAUGGAAAUCAAAUCAAAUCAAUUGAAGAUAUGGAUUUGGUUGGGUUGAAGAAAUCAAGAAAUUUCGAAUCACUCAGUUUCGCUUCGAAUAAUAUCACAUUUAUUGGACCGAGAGCAUUCCAAUAUACCAGGAAUUUGGUGGCACUUUCUUUGCAGAACAAUUUGUUGGCUGAUUUGACGACUAGUAAGUGGAAAUUGGGAAUCUCUGAGGAAAAUUGGGGAGCUGAAAAAUCCGGAAUUUUUUUUUGGAUAUCGGUAUUGCUCAUGUUAAACCCCAUAGAACAUUUGGAGAUUGCUCAUAUUUUGAAAUCGGGAUCGCUCAUGUUAAACUUUAAAGAUCUCAACAUUAAAGCUUAACAAAUCCUUGUGAAUAUGAAGUUUAACAUGAGCAAUAUCUAGAAAAUUCUGAUUUUGGGUUUCGUAGAUCAUUUGAGGAUUGCUCAUGUUAAGAUCCUUAAAGGACCCUAGUGAGUAUGAAGUUUAACAUGAGCAAUACCUAGAAAAUUCUAGUUUUGGGCUUAGUAGAACAUCUGAAGAUUGCUCAUGUUAAGAUCCUUGAAGCCAUGUGAGUAUGAAGUGUAAUAUGAGCAAUACCUAGAAAAUUAUGGUUUUUGAGUUGGUAAAUCAUCUGGGGAUCGCUCAUGUUAGGAGUCUUGAGGAGCCUGGGGACUGGAAAUUUUCACAUGAGCAAUAUCUAGAUUUGUUAGAAAUUUUUGGGAUUGCUCAUGCUAAGAUCCUUAAAGGAGCCUGGUGACUGUGAAUUUUAAUAUGAGCAAUGGUAGAAUAUUUGGGUAUUGCUCAUGUUAGGAGUCUUAAAAGAACCCGUUUUCAAAAUUGUUCCAAAAAUUAAGCAUUGCUCAUGUUAUGUCCAAAUAAUUCUUAAAGGAAGACACCAGGAAAGCAAAAAGUUUGGUAUGAGCAAUGCUGCGUUUAAUAUGAGCAAUGCCCAAAAAACCGAGAUUUUAGUAAGCAAAAUUGACAGAAAAAUCUUCAAAUGUUGUGCAAAUUCGCUCUACUGAUAAUAAUUCCCAAAAAAUGUAUCCCAUAUAUUAUUUCAGACAACACAUCCUUCCUAAAACCGCUCGAAAAAUUGGCAUAUCUCCAAUUAUCCAACAACAAUCUGACAACAAUCCGAUCUUCCGAACUUCCACGAUCACUUUCGCAUUUCGCCGCCGAUCACAAUUCAAUCAGUGAAAUCGAGCCAAAAGCAUUCGAAGGAAUCGCAUUGAAGCGUAUUUAUUUGAACAGUAAUCGUCUACACUUUUUGCACCAAAAUGCUUUUGCCUCAUUUGCUCCAGAAACCAUUGAAGCUAUUGAUUUGUCGUGUAAGUUUUCUCUGCCCUUCAUAUCUCGAGAAUGCGCCCACAGGAUCUAUGUGUGCAUCUCUAGCGCAGUCGGGUAGCCGAUAGGCUAUCGAUCAAUCCAUGAGGUCAUUUUGCUGGGUUCGAGUCCCACCGAAAACUACUUUUUUUGUUUUUUUUAUAGUUCUAAAUGUCCCAUCUUUCAGCCAACGAAUGGCAAUGUAUUUGCAAAUCAACAUCCGAAUGGUUGCCGCGUUGGCUAGCCGAUGCGGAAGAGAGCGAUGUUGCGGAAGGUCCGCUUGGAUGUCUGGCGAUUCCGAAUUGUGGAAGUGACACUGCUGACAGUUCAGUGGAAGAGAUUGAUGGGGAAGAGACGCAGAGAUCGAAGUGGAUUACGGUGGCUGCCACAUUCUUUGCAGUUCUUUCUGUGGUCAUUUUGAUUGCGAUUGUUUAUUUGUAUUAUCAGGAUGGAGGACAUCAGGUGAGAAAGGAUUUUCAGACGCUUUCAGAGCUUCUGUGCUAAAUAGAUGAUUCUGGAGAACCUAAAGGUCAAGCAGCCACUCCUAGAAAAUUCAAUUGUCAAGGGUCAGCGCCUAGAGAGAAUAGUUGUGAAGAAGCCGCGCCUAGAGAACAUAGUUGUCUAGGACCCGCGCCUAGAGAUCCAUUCUGUGAAGGAUCAGCGCCUAGAGAGCCUAAUUGUCUAGGAGCCACCCCUAGAUAAUGCAAUUCUCAAGGAUCAGAGCCUAGAGUGUGUAGUUUUUAAGCAGCCGUGCCUAUAAAAACUAUUUAUUUGUCUAGGAUUUGUGUCUAGAGAUCCACUGUUACAAGGAUCACCGCCUAGAGAGCCUGGUUUUCAAGCAGCCGUGGCUAGAAAUCUAUUCUGACAAGCAGUCGCGCCUAGAGAUCAACCAUGGCAAGGAUCAGAGCCUAGAAAUAUUAGGUGUCAAGUAGCUGAGCCUAGAGAGCAUAGUGGUCAAGUAGUCUCGCCUAAAGAGCACAGCUGUCAAGUAACCGCGCCUAGAGAACCUAAUCGUCUAGGACUCGCGCCUAGAGAUCAGCUUGUCAAGUAGUCACUUCUAGAAAAUUCGAUUUUCAAGGAUCAGUGCCUACCUUUAGAGCGUGUGUGUCGAGCAGCUGAGCAUAUGAAUUCUAGUUGUCCACUCUGGCAAGUAUCAGCGUCUAGAUGUCCAGUCUGGCAAGGAUCAGCGCCUAGAGAGUACAAUUUUCAAGCAGACGCGCCUACAGAAAUUAUUUGUCCAGGAUCAGCGCCUAGAGAACAACUCUGCUAAGGAGCCAUCACUAGAAAAUGAAACUUUCUAGUAGUCGCGCUCAGAACUUGGUUUCGUCUGAAAUUAAUUACAGUUUUCUAGAUCAAAAAUCUAAUUGCCACAUCAUCAAAAUGUUCAUUUCCAGGCUUUAACUCGAGCUCGCCGCGCCGACUCCGACCUACACAAACUCAUCGAAAACGACAACAACACCUUCGAAAACGCGGCGGCGUCCAAUCUAACAUUGGUGGCGCCCAAAGCGGCUGGAACACCCAAGAAAUCAGUGCGAUUCGAGGAUUGUUAA